AUGGUAAAUGAUUCUUGGCUGGAAUAUAUGCCUCAAGCCACCAUCAUUCAUCUUCCCUCAGUAGGAUCAGACCACUGUCCUCUAUUGAUGGAAAUGAAUGCUAGAAGGGAUGAUCACAUUAAAUAUUUCAAGUUUCUCAACUACUGGGCUGACCAACCUAAUUUCCUAGAUAUUGUUCAAGCUUGCUGGGAUAGGGAACUGGAGGGCAAUAACAUGUGGAGGUUUCAUCAGAAAAUCAAAAGACUGGCCUGUACUCUCAGUGCUUGGUCUAAGGGAGAAUUUGGUGACAUUUUUAUUAAAGUCAACGAGUAUGAAAAUAGAGUUAAACUUGCUGAAGAACUCUUUAUACAAACUAAUACAGAGGAGAAUAGAACUACCCUACAUGAGCUCAAUGCUGAUUACAUCAGAUUCUUGAAGUUGGAAGAGUCCAUUUUGAAGCAAAAUACUCAACUCCAAUGGUUUAAAGAGGGUGAUAGCAACACAAAGUAUUUUCACUCCUUAAUAAGAGGGAGAAUGAGGAGAUUAUUCAUACACAGAAUUCUGAGAGAGGAUGGUGAGUGGAUACAAGGAGAUGAAAUUAUUGAAAAGGAAGCACGUGAUCACUUUCAGCAUAUUUUCACACGGGAGGAUAAAUUUAUCAAUGAGGAGCCCCUUGACUGUAUUCCCAAAAUGCUUAAUCAAGAACACAAUGCCAUGCUAACUGUCAUGCCUACUAAUGAGGAAUUAAAAGAGGUGAUUUUUUCUAUGAACCCAAAUUCUGCAGCAGGCCCAGAUGGUAUGAAUGGAUAUUUCUUCCAGAAGUGCUGGCAGAUUAUUAAGCAUGACCUAUUUGAUGUCAUAUUGGCCUUCUUCAGCUUUGUCAAAGGUCGAAGCAUAUCAGAGAAUAUCAUGCUAGCUCAAGAGAUUAUUCAUCAGAUUAAGAAGCCUAAUAUAGGGAGCAAUAUGGUCAUUAAAUUGGACAUGGCAAAGGCCUAUGACAGGGUUUCUUGGUCUUAUACAUGUUUGGUCUUAAGGAAAAUAGGCUUUGAUGAGGUGUUCACUGAUAUGGUGUGGAGGAUCAUGGCAAAUAAUUGGUACUCACUUAUUGUUAAUGGGAAAAGAUAUGGUUUCUUUCAAUCUACUAGAGGCCUGAAGCAGGGUGACCCAUUAUCACCUGCCCUAUUUAUUUUAGGGGCUGAGGUUCUUUCUAGAUCAUUGAACAGACUUCAUAGCAAUCCUGACUAUCAUGGUUUCUUUAUGGAAAGGAGAGGCCCUCAAGUUAAUCACCUUAGCUUUGCAGAUGACAUUAUCAUUUUUACCUCUGGAAGGAAAAAUGUCUCUUGA